AUAUCUGUGGUGUCCUAUGCUCACAACGUGGCCUCGGAGGGGAUGUACAUCGCCACAGUGAGUGCAACCGCAGAAACCAGCAACCCAGAGAAAGAGGUGCAGCCUGGACUGGAGCUCCUCGAACCCAUCAUGCAAAAAUUCAUUUCAAUCAGUAAUUUGCUAGUUCCCAAUGAAGACGGAAGUAAGAGUCAGAUAUUUGUGUCCCGCUCCUAUGAUGCAACAAACCACUUUGAGACUGAAUGUGAGGACAUCACAGACCUGUACCGCCGGAUCACAGGAGCAGAGCUCCACUUCAGAGGAGCUCAGAGACACCAGUCACACAGUUCUGAUGUCGACUGACCAAGGCUUUCAACACCAGGACCAAUUCAUUCAAUAGCUGGGACCCUGAGUGAUAUAAUGGAUGACUAUACAACACAACUGUACAGCUAGGGCGUUACUACAUGUAGCAUAGACAGAACU